UGAAAGGCUAAAAGAGAGUGUCUCUUGACGAAAUCCUGUCGGCUCCUGAUUCUUAUUCUUCACUUCGGACCGUUCUUCUAUUUGGAACCUGACCACUGACUGUCUAUUUUUAUUUAUUUACUAUUUUUAUUUUUAUUUUAUUUUAUUUUUUUUCAAUUUUUUACACAACUCGAAGCCCCCAUCUCCCUUUCUUUGGCUUGCCAUAUUAACUGGCUUCCCACGAUAGCCCCCUCCCCCACAUACGCCACAAACUACCUCAACAUUUGCUCUGAGCUACAACCAAAACCACCACCAUGACUCUGAAGGAGCUGAAGAAAGUGGGUCUCUAUGACCCUGAAUUUGAGAAAGAUUCUUGCGGAGUUGGCUAUGUUGUCAGCAUUGAUGGCAUCGCAUCAAACCAGGUGUUGCAAGAUUCUCGGACCAUGCUGCAGCGAAUGGAACACAGAGGUGCAUGUGCUUGUGACAACGACACCGGAGAUGGCGCCGGUGUUCUCACUGCCAUUCCUCACAAACUUUACGAACAAGACCUGAAGAGUUCUCAAAGUGUGACUCUUCCAGAGGUUGGAAAAUAUGCCACAGGUCUCCUUUUUAUGGAUAAAACCGAUGGAAAACAAGCUCAGGAUUUGUUUACUAAAAUGGUGGAAGAUUUCGACCUUCAGAUUUUGUGUUGGCGCAAUUUAGAUGUUGAUGUAGAAAUCCUGGGACGAGUUGCAAAAGAAAAGGAACCUUUUAUCAAACAGGUCUUCAUCAUUAACAAAAAUGGCGACAGCUUUGAAAAAUCAGAGUUUGAAAAGCAACUGUACUUGUUGCGGAAAUAUUCUUCACAUCACAUUCCUGACCAGCUGGAGAGUGGCCGCUUCUACAUUUGUAGCCUCUCCACCGCCACCAUCGUUUACAAGGGUCUGUUCACAACAAGUCAAUUAUGGUUGUACUACAAAGAUUUACAUGAUCCAAACUUUGAAACACACUUAUCCCUUGUACACAGCAGGUUUUCAACCAAUACAGUACCCAGCUGGGAAAGAUCCCAUCCUCAAAGGUUUCUAGCCCACAAUGGUGAGAUCAAUACUCUACGAGGUAACAAGAACGUGAUGCAUGCCCGUGAGGGUACCAUGUCCAGUAGCGUCUUUGGUGACAAGUUGAAACUUCUCUACCCUGUUGUGGAGAGUGGAAUGUCAGAUUCUGGCUGUGUCGACAAUGUCCUGGAGUUCCUCAUGAUGGCCGGAAAUAAAUCAUUGCCUGAGGCUAUGAUAACAAUGGUACCAGAAGCAUGGCAGAAUGAUAAAAACAUGUUACCAGAGAAGGUGGCCUUCUACAGAUGGAGUGCCCACACAAUGGAACCAUGGGAUGGGCCAGCUCUCUUCACUUUCACUGAUGGACGUUACAUUGGAGCCAUUCUUGACCGAAAUGGUCUGAGGCCGUCCAGAUUCUAUGUUACCAAAUCCAACCACAUGUACAUGGCCAGUGAAGUGGGUGUCGUCGACAUACCACCCUCAGAGAUUGUCAUGAAGCAUCGCCUGAAACCUGGCCGUAUUCUUCUUGUUGAUACUUUAGAAAAAUCUUUUAAUCUCCAAGAUGAUGCAAUUAAAUCUAAGAUAUCCAGAAUUCACCCUGUCAUGGAAUGGCUGGAUACUGAAAGCAUCAGUAUGGCAGAACUGCGCAAGCUCCACCAACCCAAGACCCCUUCACUUUGUACUUCUCACAAAAUCAAAGGCACAGUAACAGUGGAAGGUGGGCCCUUACAACACGAUCUCCGUCUUACCAUGUUUGGCUACACAACUGAAGCAAUCAAUAUGCUUGUCCUGCCUAUGGUUAAAGACAAUUUCUCUAGUCUAAAAUGUGUAGUAAUAGCUCCUGCUAUAACCGUAUUCUUAGUUCCAAACUCUGUUGGUGCCCAGAUAUUUGAGGCCAUUGGUCUUGAUCAGGAAGUUAUUGACAAAUGUUUUGUUGGAACACCUUCCAGAAUUGGUGGUGCCACAUUUGCUAUUCUUGCCGAGGAGACCCUGACAAGAUACCAGAAUGCCUUUUCACAACACAAAGCUGACCAAAUAAUCAUGAACAAUCCUGGAUUCUACCACUGGAGAGAUGGCGGUGAGAAACAUAUGAACGACCCAGAAACCGUAGCACUUUUGCAGCAUGCUGCCAAAGACAACAGCAACACCUCCUAUAAGAAGUUUUCAGAGGCCGCCAUGAAUUCCAUCCGAGAUUGCACACUAAGGGGCCAAAUGGAGCUGAAAUAUGGGACUUCACCAGUUCUUACACUUGAUGAAGUCGAGGAUGCGGCUAAUAUUGUGAAGCGAUUUGCAACUGGUGCCAUGAGCUUUGGCAGUAUCUCGUAUGAAGCACAUACGACUCUGGCCAUUGCUAUGAAUCGGAUUGGAGGAAAAUCUAAUACAGGUGAAGGAGGAGAGAACGCAGAAAGAUAUCUGAAUGAAGGUGACCAGAUGAAUGCUAGGUCAGCUAUUAAACAGGUUGCCUCUGGUCGUUUUGGAGUAACCAGCUCAUACCUUGCCCAUGCAGAUGACAUCCAAAUCAAAAUGGCCCAAGGUGCCAAACCAGGUGAAGGAGGAGAACUACCUGGAUACAAGGUAACAGAAGACAUUGCUAGAACGAGGAAAUCAAUUCCUGGUGUUGGGUUGAUCAGCCCUCCUCCUCAUCAUGACAUUUACUCAAUUGAAGAUCUUGCAGAGUUAAUCUACGACUUGAAAUGUUCCAAUCCGUCAGCACAGAUCAGUGUAAAGCUUGUCUCUGAGGUUGGGGUAGGUGUGAUUGCCUCAGGGGUUGCAAAGGGCAAAGCUGAACACAUUACCAUUUCUGGACACGAUGGUGGAACCGGAGCCAGCAGCUGGACUGGAAUCAAAUACGCCGGUGUUCCAUGGGAGCUUGGUAUUUCUGAGACUCACCAGACACUAGUUAUGAACAACCUCCGUUCAAGAGUACGACUACAAGCUGAUGGCCAAAUCCGAACAGGGCGUGAUGUUGCUAUUGCUGCACUUCUGGGGGCAGAUGAAAUCGGUUUCAGCACUGCACCCCUUAUUGUUCUUGGGUGUACAAUGAUGCGAAAAUGUCACCUAAACACCUGCCCUGUUGGAAUUGCAACACAGGAUCCUGUGUUGCGGAAGAAAUUUGCCGGUAAACCAGAACAUGUCGUCAAUUAUGCAUUCCAUGUUGCUGAAGAGGUGAGAGAGAUCAUGGCCAAACUAGGAUUCCGAACAUUCCAGGAGAUGAUUGGUCGUACAGACAAACUGAUGUUGAAACCAAACCCCAGCAACCGUAAAGCUAACUUACUCAACUUUGAUCUCAUUUUUACAAAUGCUCAAGCAAUAAACCCUGAUGCUAAUAUCAUAGGAAGAACUGUUGAUCAAAACUUUGAUCUUGACAAACGUCUGGACAACAUUUUGAUUAUGAAAGCAAAAGAUGUGAUCGAAGGUCGUGCCAAGAAGAAAAUCAUCGAUAUGCAGAUCACAAAUGAGGACCGAGCAUUUGCUUCUACCCUUAGUUAUCAUAUCUCAAGGAAAUAUGUUGAGAUUGGUCUUCCUGAGAACAGUAUUGUUAUCCAACUCAGAGGCUCCGGUGGACAGAGCAUGGGUGCUUUUCUGGCCCGUGGUGUACAUAUUUACCUGGAAGGAGAUGCAAACGACUAUGUUGGAAAGUGUUUGUCAGGAGGUGAAAUUGUUAUCUACCCACCACUUAGUAGCCCUCCAGAGUUCAAAUCAGAGGAUAAUAUUAUUGCUGGAAAUGUGGUCCUUUAUGGGGCAUCAUCAGGCAAAGCCUUCUUCCGAGGUCAAGCAGCCGAGCGAUUCUGUGUCCGUAACUCAGGUGCUGUAGCAGUCAGCGAGGGUUGCGGAGAUCAUGGCUGUGAAUAUAUGACCGGUGGGAAGGUUCUGAUCUUAGGCUUGACUGGUCGCAAUUUUGCUGCUGGUAUGUCUGGUGGCUUAGCCUACGUCUAUGACAAAAUGAAGAUGUUCCACCAAAGAUGCAAUGUUGAUUCCGUAUCAUUGGAAUCACUUGUCGAACCUGAGGACCUGAAUUUCGUCUUUGACCUCCUCUGUGAAUUCCAAAUUAAAACCGGGUCAGAAGUUGCUACAGACAUCAUAAAUCACUGGGCAACAGAACAGCAUGAGUUUGUGAAAGUCUACCCCCACGAGUAUCGCCGAUGCCUGGAGAAACAAGCGGCCGAUGCCAGAAAGAUGGCCGCUAAAUUUGCUGCUGCUGUCGAAGCAGAAUUGAGUACAAUUGUGUCUGCGGAGAAUUCUGCAACUGCAACAAGCAGCAAUGAAACUGAAAAUGCCAGCAACGGUACACUUACGAGGGAUAGUUUGUUGAAACCAAUCACUGAUCCGGACAAGUCACUGAUCAACAGUGGAAUUCGAACUCCUGUAACACCAAUUCCCAGUGAUUUCAAAGAAGACAUGAUUAAUGAGCUUACUGAUGAUGGUGGAUUAGAUAAACCAAAAGAAAACGGUAAAAUUGCAGAUAUUGAGGAUACCAUUCAAGACGUUGCUAUGGAACAGAAGACUCUUGUGAGAAAAUAUGAUAAACUGAGGGGUUUUGUUAAAUAUAAGCGUGCAACAAACCAAUAUCGUGAGACAAGUGACAGACUGGAAGACUGGGGAGAGAUCUACAACCAUGGCAAAGUUAAAGAGAAUCUUCAGAUGCAGGCAGCCAGAUGUAUGGAUUGUGGGGUGCCUUUUUGCCAAUCAGACAAUGGAUGUCCCCUUAGUAAUAUCAUCCCUAAAUGGAAUGACCUUGUCUUUCAGGGUAACUGGAAAGAAGCACUGGCCACUUUACUGCAGACAAAUAACUUCCCAGAAUUUACUGGACGUGUGUGUCCAGCCCCAUGUGAAGGUUCCUGCGUUUUAGGAAUCAAUUCUUCUCCAGUGACAAUAAAAAAUAUUGAGUGUGCCAUCAUAGACCAUGCCUUCAGUAAUGGAUGGAUUGUUCCUGUGAUCCCGAAAAUACGCACUGGCAAGCAGGUAGCUGUGAUAGGCAGUGGGCCCGCGGGGCUUGCUGUGGCCCACCAACUCAAUAAGGGUGGACACUCUGUCACUGUGUAUGAAAGAAAUGACCGAAUUGGUGGUCUUUUGAGAUAUGGCAUUCCAACGAUGAAACUGAGCAAAAAAGUCGUCCAAAGAAGAGUUGAUCUGAUGACUGCCGAAGGUAUAGAAUUUAAAACCAAUACCAGUGUUGGCAAAGAUGUCUCAGCUGUCGAACUACACCAGAAAUAUGAUGCUAUGGUCCUCACUCUUGGUUCCACUUGGCCAAGAGACUUAAAAAUUCCAGGACGUGAACUUGAUGGAAUCUAUUUUGCAAUGACAUUCCUGUCAACCUGGCAAAAGAUUCAAGAAUCCAACAGUUCUGACCAAAGUACGAUUUCUGCCAAAGACAAGACUGUUUUGGUGAUUGGUGGUGGAGACACUGGUGUGGACUGCAUCGGAACAUCCCUGCGACAGGGAGCAAAGAGCGUGAUAAACUUUGAAAUCUUGCCCCCUCCACCACCAUCUCGAGCUGAUGAUAAUCCUUGGCCUCUCUGGCCAAAAGUCUUCAGAGUUGACUACGGCCAUGCUGAGGUUGCUCACAGAUUUGGCCAUGAUCCCAGGAUAUUCAAUAUUCUGAGUAAGGAAUUUCUGGAUGAUGGCAAUGGAAAUGUGCGUGGUGUUCGGACUGUCCAGGUUGAGUGGAAGAAAGAUGAAAAUGGACGGUACCAGAUGGCUGAAUUACCAGAAACUGAGAAAGUAUAUGAAUGUGACCUAGUGAUUAUUGCCAUGGGUUUUCUGGGACCAGAAAAAGACAUUCUCAAUGAACUGGAAAUAAAACUUGAUCCCAGAGGCAACUGCGAAACUCCCAAAAAUAAAUACUCCACAAAUAUCCCUGGUGUUUAUGCAGCUGGAGAUUGUCGUCGUGGUCAGUCCCUGGUGGUGUGGGCAAUACACGAAGGCAGACAAGCAGCACGACAGAUAGAUAAGGACCUGACGGGCAUCAUGUCGCUACCGGGCCCAGGAGGAGUGGUGCAGUUAGUCAUAGACACACCUUUGAUGAACGGUGUUACAGUGAGCUGAGGAUAGAUGGAGAAGCCACUGACCCCCUGAAACCAGACCUUGAUUCUUGGCCUGAAGCAAUCUUUAAGUGUUUCUGGAUGUUUUGGUGAUGUGUUGUGCUCAUAGCAAAAAGAAGAAGAAAAAAUAACAAAGAAAAUUAACAAA